UUCUUUUUGCUUUUUUUUUUCGUUUUUUUUUUUGCAUUAUGGUACGGAACCCUUCGUGCGCGAGUCCGACUCGCACUUGCCCGGUUUUUUUGUAUAUUUUUCAGAUGACACUAUACACUUAAAUGGCCAAACCCUUAGUGUGCUGUAUGACCCGCCACAUUUGAUUAAAGGAGUCAGGAAUAACUUCUUGACGAAGAAUAUUGUAAUGGAGGGCAAAGUGUCGAAGUGGCAGGACUUGGUGGACGUGUACCGCACCGACUGCGGCCACGCGCAAGCUCGCCUGCUGCACAAGCUCAACGACGAGCACAUACUCCCGGAGAAAAUUAAGAAAAUGAAGGUGAAAAACUGUGUACGUGUUUUCAGUCAAACCAUGGCAGGAGCUUUAUCCUACACAGCUUCAUUUUCGCACUACGCGGACGGCACACCGGUGAGCGCGACGUUGGCCAACACGGCGGAGCUGGUGGCGUUCCUCGACGACCUCUUUGACAGCGUCAACGGUGCCAGCACCCACCACAAGCACACCAAGGGGAAGAAAUUACGGACUGCUGUUACAGACAAUUCUGAACAUCACGUCUUCUGGGCGAAGGCCAUACCAGUCGUCGAAAAUAUGAAACUACUCGAUCAUAAUGGCAAAAUGACCACAGUCCCGAGUUUAAGAAAUUGGGUGACGACGUUAAAAAGUUUUCAAAGGCUGUGGCAGGUCAUGAAAGAUAAAAACAUAAAGAUAAUGCGCCCGCGGUAUUUUAAUUCUGACGCGAUCGAAAACUUCUUUGGAAGAGUACGGGCAUUGUAUGCCAGAAAUAAUGACCCGACCUGCCACGCCUUUGAGUGCACAUUUAAGUCAUUACUUAUAACAAAUUUUAUCAAAUUUCAUGAAAACACUUACAAUUGUGAAGAAGACUGUGCUGAGCAAGUUAUUAAAAUUCAAUCAUUGUUUUCGCACACCGAAGAAACCAGUACAAUGGACGAGAAUACUGCCAUAUCGGUUGAUUCUGCGCCUUCCUCAUUUUCGACCUCCAACGAUCGUGAGAACGGCGCAGAACAACUAUUGGUUCAAGCCACACGGGAGCGUCUAGAUGUACACUCACGGGCAUAUACCGCGGGAUGGGUCACUAGAAAAGUACUAAAAAGUGAAGAGCUCCUAGUCAAGCCAGACUCGGCGAACGAAGAUGUUACAGGUGAUGAGAUGUCGCUGGAGGUGCGGGCAGUCAAGUCGGAGGUGUCGGACGCGGCGAGUGACGAGGACUGCGUGUCGGUGUGUUCGGAGGGCAGCGCCGCCCGCGCCAGGGAACAGCUCGCGAUGGCUUGUUCCGUGGUGCUCGAGCGCCUCCGCGACGACGCGACUGUUCACAGUGGAGGCAAAUCAUACCGCUGCGAACACUGUGCGAUAAAUCCAGCCUGCGACGUCACCAGAAGACGCAUGGGACGAAUCUUAAAAAGCAAUAAUAGCGACUACAAGUGCAGCCUGAAACAGCACCUGCGGAGACACCAGAUGAGACGCGGAAGAGAACCCUUAUUAUAG